UAAAGGUCAAGGAGCUUAUCUUAAUCUCAACACAAAAUUACCUUUAACUUAUUCAUAUCCACCAUUACUAUUACCCUCAAGUUUGUCUCAAUGUUUAGUGGCUACCAAAUACGGGAAUGAUCGAUUACCAAUAACUAUUAGUAAAAAAACUCAAUCUGUAUAUAAUUUAUUGACAAAACCAGAUGAUGCUACUUUGAAUUCUAAAAAAGGUGGAUUAGUUCGAAGUAUUAGAAGUCUUGGGGAUGUGGCAGCUAGUAUUGUGAUUCUUCAAGAAGCUGGCAGUAUUAUGGUGAAUGGACAAGGUCCAGUUAAUAUACUUGGGCGUAAAUUUUUAGCAAUUAGAGGUGUUUACCUUGUUCAAGUGAUGAAAAUUCAAGACAAAGUCAAAUACAUCUUGUUAGAGAAAUGUGGGGUUUAG